ACAACGUCAUAUAUUCCAAUGAUUUCAUUGGAUUGCGCUCGGUGAAAAUCGUGAAUCGGACCAAUCAAAACUGUGCCCAUCGAUCCUGCAUAUAGCACAUAUAACUUGAAUUGAGCUUAGCGUUCGUCUACUGUUCAACGGAAGAUUGUAAUAGCUUCACAGUGAGAAAGCCAAGUAUACAACAAUGCCUAAAAAGGAAGGGAAACCAAGGGGUCGUAUGUCCUCGUAUGCCUUUUUCGUGCAAUGCUGCAGAGAAGAACACAAGAAGAAGCAUCCAGCAGAGAAUGUGGUGUUUGCAGAAUUUACAAAAAAGUGUGCUUCUAAGUGGAAGGAGAUGACACCAAAGGAGAAGAAGCGCUUCGAGGAUAUGGCUGAGCAAGACAAAUCACGCUAUGAAAAGGAGAUGACUAACUAUGUCCCAUCAUCCUCACCAACUGGCAAAGGCAAGAAGCGGACCAAGGACCCAAAUGCUCCCAAGAGAGCUCUGUCUGCUUUCUUCGUAUUCUGUGGCGAGGAACGUUCUAAGGUAAAGGCCAAGCACCCAGAGUGGAGCGUAGGUGAUAUUGCUAAGGAACUGGGCAAGAAAUGGGAGGCUGUCACAGACAGGAGCAAGUAUGAGAAACAAGCAGCCAAGGACCGAGAACGUUAUGAAAAGGAAAUGGCAGCUUACCGAGGGGGUGGAGGUGGUGGCGCAAGCCCAGCCAAGAAGGCUAAGCCUGCUCCUAAGAAGAAGGUAGAGGAGAGUGAGGAAGAGGAGGAAGAAGAAGAGGAGGAGGAGGAGGAGGAAGAGGAUGAUGAGUAGAUAGAAAAAAAGGGUCGCGAUAUCAUCAGUUGAACCACCCAAAGACUGGAAAUAUUGACAUUGUUUCAAGUUUUUUAAUGUUAACGCUUUUGAAAAUUAUAAGAGCCAAGAGAAGAAAACUGUCAGUUGGUUUUGUUAGUUUUUAAUCUUGAAAAUUUGGGUAAACAUGCACCUUAAGAAAUUGUUCAUUAUACAUUUGUGUGGUUUAAAAAUGUGUGAUCAUGAAUAAAUGUCCCAUUAUGUCAGCUGUUCAAAUAUUGUUACUUGUUGCCAUCAAUAUUAUAUCAAACUGUACUUCUAUAGCAUUUUGAUUUGAAGAAGCAAUGUUUCUGUUUGAAAAUUGAAAAUUUCAUUAAUAUUUCUUCCUGGCACAUGCUUCAAAAUCUUACAUACAUUAUGUAUUAAAGCAUCCACAACAUCUGUGUAGCACACAUUUCUUUAAUUUCACACAACAUAUGAACACUUUGUCUUCUGUAUUCAUUUCAUGUAAUAUAUCAUUUGUAAAUACUAUUCAUUUUUCACAACUUGUUACAUUUUCAAUCUCUUAUUUUAUUCAUUAAAUUGAGAUUUUAAUGGUAAACAACAAGUGCGCUGGAUAUGCGACAUCCAGUUAAUUCAUAUUAGUCUCAGUUUCUUGUUUAACAAUUUUAGAAGUUGUAUGUAUGUGAGUGCUCAAAGUAUGUCUGUAUAUAUAUACCUUAAGAAUGUGAAUAUGAAUGUCAUUUAAAAAAGCUUGUGAAAUAAACUGUUUUACAGGU